AUGGGGUCGCAAACAAUAGGCACCUCGAAGAGCACGGGAAGCUUGUUUCACGUCAAAGACGGAAAGAACUUACGUGUUUCUUCUUCCACCUCCCUCUCUUCCCUCAAACGGUCGCGUUCUCCAGAAACGCAAGUGGUCAAGCGUUCUUCUACGCCGAAGAAGUCUGCGGUUGUAAAUUCGUUCAAGACUCCAGAAAGGCGGAAGAGCAAGUUCGAUACAGAUUCCGAGGGCGAAGCGCCAAAUGGAGUCAUUCAUGUCAGGUCGACGCCAAAUCCACAACAGAGAAAGAAGGCACGUCUCUCCUCUCCAGUAGAGUCCUCGAAAUCCACCGCCACAGAACUGGUCCCAAGUAGUCAGUCGGACGAAGAGGAGCUCGCUUCCACUACGGCACAAAUGAAUGGUCAUUCAAUUGUUAUUUCCCAGGCGAAGCAAGUCCUUCCUCCCACUCCUGAUCAAGAUGACGGGGAAUCCAUGUAUAUGGAUGUCGACGAGCCGAUCACUAUUGCGAGUACGCCUGACGCUCUAUCGACCAGUAAACAGCCAGCCCGAGAAGAUAGCCGCACCUUCGACCAGAUCAUGACUCCUCCUCCAAGUGACCUUCCUUCUAUGCCGCCUACUCCAGUUGCCCUUGAUCAGGCUACGAAGACCGCACAAAUUAUUGCUGACAUCAAGGCUAGGGCAUAUGCAAAAAGUGUUUCCAGCCCGGAACCUGCUCCUCUGGAAUUCAACGAGACCUUGGAUAGCAGCGAUGAUGACCUCGAACCCCUUGAACUCUUCGUACAACGAAAGCACAAAGCUCCAAGUACCAGUAGUGGAAAGACGACCACCACGACCACAGAGCGUCGUACAACCGGAUAUUCGUUGCGGAAUCGGUCUUCGUCCCCGACCCAGGGAUCUCGCCCUCAACCACGACAUCAAGCGGUGCAGGCGAAGACGAGGAAACCCACUGCAGACCCCUUCGAGGCCCUUCUCAGAGAGAAAAGGCUCGCAGAUAAGCGCGGCAAAGGAGACAAUGCAAUUCAUCGCGCUGAUGAAACUGCAUUCAAACUCGGCAAAACGGCCCUUAUCGAUGAAAUGGAUGACGAGGAUGAAGACGACAUCCUGAAUAACUGGACUGGCGGCGACAUCUCGUCCCUCGCCAUGCGCCAGCUAAAGCGAAGUGGAAGCCAAUUUAUUGACAUCAAGUCUGAAGAUCGCAAGAAGUUGUUUGGUGAAGAUGGUGGUAAAGAAAUUAUAGGGAUAUUGGAGCGUGAUAGGGCAGCAACACAGCAGCCAGGACCCUUGGAGAAGAUACCAGGCAUUCAGCUUUGGACGGCGACUAGCAUUGAAGGCCGUAACAUGGUGGUUGACGGACUGGACACGCGUUAUGAGAUAUCGGGGGAGAGCCCCAUCAUUCAGCUUCUGAAUUCAUCCCUGAAGCGCGGCGACAUCACACGCGUGACAAUGUUGCUGAAUACGAAAUUCAUGCUUACCGUCCCCACUAUGGAGCGAGUUGACGUCGCAUCGAGUCUCAGCGGCAUAGUCUUGUCAACACGAUACGACGUCGCAGAACCUGCUGCUCGCGCCCUCGACGAUUUCUGGGCUUCCACAGCAUGCCCCAUCACCAGUACCAUCACGUUUGUACAAAUCUUGGCAUGGCUGCAGUCCGUUGGUGCAGACCCGUCUAUCCUUAAAUCGCUACGUUGGACCGCAAAGGAAGGACCGGAUGCUGCGGUGGUAGACCCAACACAACGAGACGACGUUAUUCGUCGUUUGAUUACCCUUACAGUUUCGUGCGCGAGGACCAGAAGGCUUCGUGUUGAAGAGAUACCUGACAUCAUCCUUGCCCUCAUGUUGAUCGGCAUGGAUGUGAUAGCAACGCCAGAACUAUCUCGAGACGUUUCGCAAGCCGUUCAUGAGGUUUGCCAGUGCAUGCCUUCUGAUGAUUCAUCACGGAUCCAGGCUGAGCUGGCUCUAUGUACGAAAGUACUGGAUUGCAUCGCGUCAUAUGAACCAAUCAACAAGUUACGCAUGCUCUCAUUCCUAUCUGAUGGCUCCGGAAGCGCCCGGCGCGUCGCAAAUUUCGUAGCCUACUGCAUCAUCGUUGACCAAAAUUCUCCAGCGCCUGAAAUUUAUUGCGACACCCCACCUCUCGUCAGGAUCCUUGAUGAACUUACUGCCCAUUCUCAGUCAACUUCUUCGCCUGCUCGAAAAUUCGCCUUGAGAGAGGAUACGGAUUACGUCGACCUCGGAUUCUAUAUCUCUAUCCUCAGCAUCGCCGUCUCCAACCUGAAGGCUUAUGUUACCCUGGAGCUCGAAGCUCCCAAACGACGGCCUUCCGUUCAGCAAGAAAGUCCGACCAAGAGCGGCGAGAAACCAAAGACCGAGCUACAACUGCUCCAUACGGCGUUGGAAAAGUUGCACUCUAGGAUUUCUGACAGCAGAGCAGCACAUCUGGACCGCUCGAGGACGAAGGCGAACAUUAAGGGACUCGCCAUGAACGUCCAUUAUCAACGGGAAAUUUGGCGAAGGAAUGCUUCGGGAUCUAGACCUAAAACAUUGGCACAGUUCUUCGGGAAGGGUUCUUAA